CGGUGCGGGAGGGGCUUUAGGAUGAGGGGCGGGAUGUCUGGGUGAGGAAUAAAGCUACAGGCACCUGCUAAUAUUCCGAGUGGGUAUAUUACACUAGCAGUAAAUAUUUAUUUUUAAUAAUUCGUCUAAACGCGUCACGUUUUUUUUGACGUUAUGGCUUAUUUUUUUUUUAAUCCGUGAGCAUCCAUAUUGAGUGUCUUGUGAAACGAAUAACGCGCAACUUUGUAUUUUGCGGGGGGUUGAUUAGCCGCUUCUUUUCUCCGAAGGGACAGAAAUUCUGAAUAUACAUAGUCGUGUUGUCAACAUGCACGACAAGACCUGCGGUCUGGAUACGUGUCUGAUCGUACCCAGAUAAUGAAAGCAGGGGGAAGCUAUUUUCUUCAUGUGGCCGAGAUGGAUGGGAAAACAGCCUCAUCAGCGAUGGAAGCCUUGGCUCGGAUCAGCUCUAACAUGAAGAGUCUGGAGCACGAGUUGCACUGCCCCGUGUGUAAGGAGAUCGUCAAGCAGCCCGUGGUUCUGCCAUGCCAGCACAGCGUCUGCCUGAUGUGCGCCUCUGAGGUGUUGGUGGCUAACGGCUACCCUCCCCCGGAGCUCCCCCCGGAGCCCAACUCACCGGCCUCCACGCCCAACACUCGUUCGCCUCGCCAAGCGCGCAGGCCCACUCCCAAACAUGAGCAGCGUCCCAUCGACCGCGUCCUACGAUCAGGCCCCCAUCCGCCUUCACCAUCCAUGCCGCGGUCUCCUGGACAUGGGACGUAUCCGGGGCGGAGGCGUAAGGAAGGUCCUCCUCUGGUGAUGAUGUUCCCCUGCGUACCCUGCGGUCGGGACGUUGAGCUGGGAGAAAAGGGCCUGACUGACUGCCUCCGCAACCUCACGUUGGAACGUAUCGUGGAGAGGUACAGGCACACAGUGAGCCUGGGCAGUGUAGCUGUGAUGUGCCAGUUCUGUAAGCCUCCUCAAACUCUGGAGGCCACAAAGGGGUGUGCUGACUGCCGGUCAAAUUUCUGCAACGAGUGUUUCAAGCUCUAUCACCCGUGGGGAACACCGCGAGCACAACACGAGCACAUCCAGCCGACGCUUAACUUCAGACCAAAGGUUCUGACCUGCACGGAGCAUGACCAGGAGAAGCUGCAGUUUUACUGCAGGUCCUGCCAGCGGCUGCUCUGUCCGCUCUGCAAACUGCGGCGCAUCCACACCGGACACAAAAUCCUGCCGGUGGCACAAGCUUACCAAGCUCUCAAGGAGAAGAUAACUAAAGAGAUGAACUACAUCCUGUCCAGCCAGGACACAGUUCUGGCUCAGAUCACCCAGCUGGAGAGCGCCAUCACUCAGACUGAGGUCAACAGCGUGUCAGCCAGGGAGCAGCUGGCCCAGAGCAUCAGGGAUCUGACGGCCGCUCUUGCCGAGCGUCACGCCUCGCUCACCCAGGCCCUGGAGGCGGCGCGGCAGAAACGAGGCGAGGCGCUGUCCGCUCAGGUGGCAGAGAGACGCGGCCUGAUGGAACAUGCGGGGCUCAUGGCUUUCACCCAGGAGCUCCUGAAAGAAACAGACCAGCCCUGCUUCGUGCAGGCCGCUCGCCAAACUCAUAACAGACUGAGCAAAGCGAUUGAGAAUCUCCAGCAUUUUACUUUGGCUGCUGAUCCGUCCUUCAGACACUUCCAGCUGGAUGUUUCCAAAGAGCUCAAACUCCUGACGGAGCUGAACUUCAUCCAGGCUCCUCUGGCUCCUGUGAUCGACACCCAGCGCUCCCUGGCGUAUGACCAGCUCUUCCUGUGCUGGCGGCUGCCUCAGGAGUCCGCGCCAGCCUGGCACUUUUCCGUGGAGUAUCGCCGCCGAGGCGUGGUCCCCGGAGGAGCCUCCAGGGGAGGGAUGAGAGGGGGGCUCGCCACCGCCAGGUGGGGCUGGCAGCGGCUGGAUGAAGUGAGCGGAACCAGCGCCGUGAUCGACAGGCUGGAGAUGGACAGCGUGUACGUGCUGCGCGUGAGGGGCUGCAACAAGGCCGGUUACGGGGAGUACAGCGAGGAGGUGUACCUGCACACCCCACCUGCACCAGUGCUUAACUUCUACCUUGACUCUCGUUGGGGUCUCCAUGCUGACCGGCUGGUUGUCAGCAAAGAGCAGCGUGGGGCUCGCAGCGUCCCCGGUCUCUCCCUGCUGCAGGCCGCCGACCACGCCCUCACUUCCUGCCACCUCACGUCUGACCUCCUGGUGGGGGACGUAGCCAUUACACAAGGAAGACACUACUGGGCAUGCUCUGUUGAGCCUGGAUCCUACCUAGUAAAGGUAGGAGUUGGGCUGGAGUCCAAACUACAGGAGUGGUUUCACCUCCCCCAGGACAUGGCCAGUCCUCGCUACGAUCCAGACAGCGGCCACGACAGCGGGGCGGAGGAUGCGCUGGACUCUGCACCACCCUUCUGCUUUCUCACGAUGGGCAUGGGUAAGAUAUACCUGCCCCAGCACAGCUACCACCACCACCACAACAACCACGGGAACCACAAUCGAGACCCCCUCACCAACAACAACGUCCCCUCCUCGCCCACUGGCCUCACUUACCCGCUGCCGCCCAGACUCGGCGUGUGCCUUGACUUUGAGAAAGGGCGCGUCACCUUCUACGACGCCCACUCCCUGCGGCCCCUCUGGGAGGGUCACGUGGAUUGCUCCGGGCCCGUCUGCCCGGCUUUCUGUUUCAUCGGCGGGGGCGCCCUGCAGCUGCAGGAGCUGGUGGCCAAUCGCAACGCAGAUCCGACUCCGGUCAGGAGGGUGACCAUUCAACCCCGUGUCUCCAAUUUAAACAACAACAACAACAACUGAUCUCCGAUCAGACGUGAUAGCGGUAAUCUGGAAUGUAUCUGGCAAGUAUUUACUCAGCUACAGCAAAAAGGUAGACGUCUCAGCGAUUUCUUUGUUUUGUAUUUCAUUUUAUUUAAUAAAACAAGAGGUUUCUAUAGCAACAAAAUAUGCAAUGUAAUUAUGUUUCUUACAUUUUGUUACAUGCAGUUUUGCAACAGUU